UCUCCUGCUUCUCCUCCCGUCGGAACUGUCGUCCUGUGUUUGUGACGCGGCCUUUACUCUUUCUUUUGUUUUGGUGCUGGAGUUGACUUGCCAUCGUUGUGCCGUCCUCUGCACGUCCAGUCACGCCUGACUCCUAGCUUGUUCAUCUUGACACUCCUUCCGUCAAACAUCAUCAACAGCCUCGAUCACCUCAUUACUCUGCACGCCAGACGAACGUUUCUGCCCCUGAGACUCUGCUCUUUUCAUAUCCACAAACUCUUUGGCCGGCCCCAGAGUUUUGUAUUCUCUUCCCCAAGCGUCAUUUGCCUUGACAAACAUAUAUACACAUACUCCCUUUAAUCCGUUCAGUCGUCUGAAACUUUUCAUCAAUAACAAGAGGCCACCGACUAGCCGCCUUAGCAAUGGCAACCAUCGCCAAUUCCCACCAGAAGGACGAGUGGGAGGACUGGGAAGACGAGGAUGACUGCAAAGUGACCACGUCGACCUCACCAGACGCUCACCACAGCACUAUCACCCCCAUCCCCAACUCGGAGGAUACAACUACGCUCCGUGGUCCUCAGAGCCGAUACUCAGUCCAACGCCCCUCUCGUAUCAAAUCCAAGGGCCGCCAGAAGGCCCAGAACGCAAAAGCUGGCAUCAAGCUCGUCACUGACAUGUCAAAGUUCAGAAGACCAGCAGCAUCGGGCCCCAAGUCGGCUUUGGCUAGCGCUCGGGAGGACAAGCGCGGCAAAUUCGUAGACACUGCUGCCCUUCUUGCCCUCGAAGGAGAGCCGACCUCGGCCUCUAUUGGCAGCUUCUCGUGGCUCAAGAAGAAGCAAGGCUAUUCCCGGUUCAACAAGAGCGUCAAGAAGCACGGCCGUGGCCCGUCAGCAGAUCUGUCUCCUGCUGAAAGACCCAUUGUGAUUGGCAUCGCGGUGCCCGAAAACAACGCAGCAUCCCAUCAAGUCAGUCCAUGGACUGCUGUCUUGGAGACACCAGCCAACAUGUUCGGCGCCUCACAUAUUCCGGGCCAGCAGAGCCAGGCCCAUUCGAAUUCUUCACCACAACAACUGCGCUCCGUGUGGUCGCCGGACACAGAAGCCAGCAUUUCUCCUCAACAGGGUCUCCAGACCUUUCCUCCGAUUGCUGCUGCUCAAGGGCCAGGCACGGCACCACCGCUGCCGGCCACCAGCCGAUUGAAGCAGACAGGGGAUGCUGCAGUGACUGAGGAUGAUGAUCUCGACACCCCAUGUACUCUGUUUGAGGAGGACGGCAGUCCGCUAGCCACAAGAAAGUCUCUCCGGCCACCAGUGACGGCGAUGACUCCGGACAGUGCCGCGUCCAGGUCGCAUGGCUGGUGGGAUCACGUUACAACCCCCUUUUCUGCAAAGACUCCUCACGACCUCACGUCCACCACUUCGCCUUCCACAGAGCAAUGGUGGAAACACUCGAAUGAGAAGAACGCAGAAACGUCUGGUUCAUCAGCAAUCCCAGCCCGGAUCGUUGAGGUCCAGCAGUCUGAGAAGAUUGCCCCUAUCUCUACCAGUCACUUGACGCAACGCAAUGCCGAGAGCACAGCCGAAAAGGCACCGACAUCAUCAGCCAGCAACACUGCCGCUUUUGCACCCGAGCUUCCUCCACCUUACUCGCCUCCGAAAGAGCAGGUCAAGUAUGGCGUCGUGCUACCACCUGCACAGCUCUUCCCUCAACAAGCACGCGUGGCAUCGCCACGGCCGUCGACACCGGGGCUGCCUGGAACGAUGACCUCCCAGGGUUCGGUCGGUCUUUCCGAUGUUCCGCUUACUCCUGCUGCUCUCGGUCAUACGGCACUUCCAGACCGUGCGCCCGGCAGCCUGCCAGGCGAUCACUUCCUCGAGGCCCGCGGACGCGCCAACAAGACCGAGCGGCAAAGGCGACGCCACGAGAAGGAAGAUGUGGUUGCAAGGAAGGUCGGCGGCUUCUGGCGAGGCCGUGGCUGCAUGCCUGAGAAUGGUUGCAUGGGUCGUACGGGCCGUGAAGGCCGCCAGCGACGACGGAUCUGCCUGGGUGUCAUUGGUGGUCUCCUGGCGCUCGUCAUUCUCGCCAUCGUGCUGGCUGUAGUUCUCACUCGGAAGGCCAUCGUUACGCACACAGAAGAGCCGGUUUCUGUCUUCCUCAACUUGACCAACUUCCCUCCCAUGCCGACGGGUGUGCUCACCAUGUCCGGUCCGGACAACACUGUGGCGUUCUCGGAUUGCAUGCACCAAGGGACACCGAAGACGUCAUGGAGUUGCUCCCUUCCAAAGGAGGAGCACGCUUCUGUUGCUCCAUUCGCCGCGAAUCAGCCCGAGUUCAUCUUCCAAGUCCAAUUCGAUAACCACACACAAGCCUCCUGGAGUGUACCCGACGGUGCAGAUCCCGUUACCAUGGGAUUCUCACCGAGCCCAGCGCCGCCCAAGUUCAAGGACAUGGAUUUCCUCGGCAAUACUACCGACCGUAUCGUCUCCGAGAAGAAGGCUGGAGAGGCGACGCCGUUCUACAUCAGUCUUCUCCAUUCUGUGAACGAGACCGUAGGACCCAAUGUACUGGCCCGCCGCCAAGGUUUCAACAAUCAAAUUGGCUCAGGCGGCGACAACGGCACAGCCGACUUUGACAUUGCCGACCAGCUUCCCAGACCUGGGCUGAAAGCAGAUGGCACCAUUGCGCCUGCCCAUCUCUUCCCUCGUCCGGUCCAGCAGCCAAUUCGCCUGUUUGACCGUGGCCUGCCAACCGAGCACUACGGCUUCUAUACAUACUUCAACAAGACCAUCUUCAUGAACGACAAAGUCAGAGCAAGCCCGUUGGACCGCGAUGGCGGCGCGCCUCGGGAGGACGCGAACUAUCUCGUGGUAUUUGGUCAGGCGCGCUUCCUCGUACAGAUCUGGACGCGCAAGGAGAACACGACACAGCUGCUCGGGAACGGCACGACGCCGGGGACAGAGGGGGCAUCGAUCUUCUCCAAGCCAGGCACGAUGCCGUACCCUGUGACAGUGACUGAGGAUAUGCACGGAGGUGACCCGACCCAGAAGAUCGACUACUACUGGGGGCUGACGGAGGACAAGCACGUCAAUACCACGGACGCCAAGUUGAUUAUAGCCGAUCGUGGCUUUGGCGGUGGGCUCGUCAACCCUAUGGCUCAGCGCGAUCCUUCGAUUGGUGGGAUUGAUGGAGGGACGGGCGGUUGUCGGUGCGAGUGGGUGAACUUCAAGAAAUAAUUCGUGUCUUUUCGUCAACCCAUAUACGCGACACGACAAAUGCACCCUGAGAUGACAGCAAAUGAAGAUAUGAGGUCGUCUUUCGAGAACACCGACUAGUUCGACACACUCACGCGAGCCGUUCUUCGACGUCGGGCGGCUAAGACGGGCAGGAAUGGUCAGAAGCCGCCACCAUGUUUUACCAAUUGUAUAGUUACGCAUUUGUUUUCACACAAUUCUUACAAAAAAGCAUACACGCGGCU